GAUUGUAAACAAAGAUGUGAUGUGAAUGAUGAUUAUCAUGUUUUGUUUUUAAAUUCACAAGUUAUUAUACUUUAGGUGGAUUGUCAUAGACAGGGUUUGGCUAGGAGAAAUUAUGAAGCGGCAGCCAUCAGGUCAUUAAGCCACAAAGUGUUGUCAAUAAAUGCACUGUGAAGAAUUUCAUCUCGUUUAUGUUUUGAUAGCAUAAUUUUGAUUGAGGUUGGCAUGAUGUUUGUUUAGGACUAAAUUUCCAGAGUAUUGAGGAUAAAUCUGCUAAUAGAAAUGGAAAACGUGUAUUCAGAGUCUGACGUGACGAUCACAGGACUAUCUUGGGGCCAAUGGAAGUUUUCAAUGCCCGAAGAAGAGAUUCUAGAAAAGUUAUCCUCCGUAACUCCACCUAAAGAUGCAACAACUCUCGUGGAUCCUGACGAAGAAAGAUGGGCGAAAAUGUUUUCUGUUCUGGAGGAAUCGUCGAAACAUAGUGAAUCAAUCCUUGAAGCGAACACAACUUUAAACAACACUAUACAAGAAGUUCAGAUGGACACUUCAGAUGUUGAUGUUGACACCAAUAUUGCCAAUGAAGAGUGCGAUUUGAAAAUUCAAGAUUUAAGUAGUUCUGUUAUUGAUACCUGCAAAAAGUUAGUACCAAAACUUAAAUCUGACCGGAUUGACCUGCAGAUCGAAUUGGAACCAGUUUUAGCUAAUCUUAAUGCCUUGGAGGAACGACUUUUGAAACCAGUGAUGGAGAAUGCUUGGUCACAACUACAAUCGGAUGAAAGUAAACUUGCAUUUUGCGUUGUGUUUACUUCAACAGCAACCAUGUGCAGUAGUCUUUGCAAACAUGUACUUUUACCACACCUAAGUGUAAAUCAUAUAACUAAAUUAGAACCUUUAUCGUCAAUUUUAUCCAAAGAAGCUAAUGUAGUCUGUGUUGAGUUAAUAGCUCCUUUGUUGCAAAAAGAGGAUUCUCCUUGGGUAGAAGAUUUGGCUGGUGUCGAAGAACUCAUGAGUGCGAUGGAAGUUCGUCAUUGGAAUAUUCUACUAAAGGAAUUACUGAAAGAUUUAAAUGAACUACAAGAGUGGCAACUUCCGGUUUUAGCAAUGGUGGUUAAAAAUUCAGAACCUUCUCAUCACGAGCUGCAACUUUUGGUGCAGUUGUUGUCUUCAUCAAGUGCCUUGAUUGAUCAAAAUAGACAUUUUGGAGGUUUAGUCGCUGCAGUAGCAAGCUGUUUGAAACCAGAUUCAGCGUCUUUGGUUCCUGAAUUGAAAUCAAUCGUGAACAGCUUUAAAGGUUCCUUGAAGAUUAUGAAAUUGAAAACUCUGAAAAUCAUCGCAGAUCUGUCAGUUUAGAUCAACUUUAUUGUUUGAUGUAAAUAGAAUAAUGUAAAUAUAUUUUUGUA